AUGAUGGCGUAUGAUUAUGCAACGGGUGCUAUUGGCGCAACCAGAACAUCUGCUGCAGAUCAAGAUAACCGGAGUACAUCCGAUUUGGUUUCACCUACUCAUAACCGCAACUUUGUCCACAAUAACUCAAACGCUUCUUGCAAUACUCAUCGGGCUAUUGGCUCAAGGAAUGAGGUGCUGGAUAUGGUGCUGGCGGAUGAUUUUUCCCUUUGUUUUGCUUCGUCAUUGCCUUUUAGACGAUACAGUUGCAACAAUAAGUUUGAGUCAAGUGGGUUAGAUUAUAAGUUGUCUCCAUCUGUACUUCAGCAGCAUCAACCGCCGCUAGGCCAAUCACUAACAGUGGCUCCUGAGGGUCAACCGCCGCUAGGCCAAUCACUAACAGUGGCUCCUGAGGGUCAACCGCCGCUAGGCCAAUCACUAACAGUGGCUCCUGAGGGUCAACCGCCGCUAGGCCAAUCACUAACAGUGGCUCCUGAGGGUCAACCGCCGCUAGGCCAAUCACUAACAGUGGCUCCUGAGGGUCAACAAGGUAACUUGUUUUGGAAUAUCAAUACAGCCCCCUUGUCGGCGAUUAAUUCUGCAUCAACAUCUACAAAUAUUCAUCACAAUAAUCAUCCUAGUCACCAAAGAGGGUUAUCUAUAGAUUCUGGAACUAUUUGGUCAGCGGGUACAACUUCAAACGCGUCGGCCAGUAUUUGGUCUCCAACUAUUCCACAGUCUCUGAAUCAACAUCAGACGCUGAACUUUUCCAUAUUACUGCAGAAACAGCAGCACCAACAACAGCAGCACCAACAACAGCAGCACCAACAACAGCACCAACAACAACAACAACAGACACAGCCACCAGGGUUAAUAUCAAAUUCCGCGAUUGGGUUUUUGCCUAGUAUGCCUGAAAACUAUACAUCUUCAAUGAUUACCCAUCGUUCUUCUUCACUAAGUGGAUUUACUCCUCCACCUCCACCUGUCGAUGAGAAUGGUGCCGCCAUCGCCAUCGGCACCGGCACCGCCACUAAAACCGCCACUGCAACUGUCAGCAAUAACAAUGCACCCCCAAUUACCGACGUUUCUGGAUCGUCGCCUCCAAAGAUUUUUGACAAUCAUCUUAGAAGACAUUCAUACACAGAUGGGUCAAUAAUGAUUAGCAGAUUUUCAGAGUAUAUGACGCCAACUUCGGUUUCUUCAUUAAAUGAUGCAAAAGCAGCACAAUUAGUCAAUGAGUACUUUGAAUCGGAUCCACACGAACGUGUUAAAGUGACCAUGCAAUUGCUAAAUAAUCGUUUUUUUGAUGACGAAAAGUUUUUAAGCCAGGCUUACCAAUUACCAAAGUUUCCUAUUGAGUCAUCGCUCAGAAAUUACCAGUUGGUUUUAGUAGGGUUCAAAGCUGGCAGAAUCGACGUUUUUUAUUUGCCUACUACAAUAGGUGGUGAGACUGGUAAUGGCGGCAAUGGCAGUAAUGGCAGUAAUGGAAGUAAUAAUAGCGGUGCAAGCUUAUUGAAUAUCAAGCAGGGUGAUUUGGUUAUUGUUGAAGCAGAUCGAGGACGCGAUUUAGGUAAGGUUUUCAAGUUGAAUGUUCUGAUUGACGAAGCUAGAUUGUUGAAGUUGUUGCAAUUCCAAGAACAACAGGCUGCAUUAAACGAGCAUGUUGAGAAUAAUAUUUUUGAGGAUUUGGUUGCAAAGAAUGGCGGUGCAUCAACAAUGGCAACAACGGCAACCACAAUGCAAGCACAACAGCCACAGUCAGGUUUCCUCCAUCAACAAAGCUCUAUUUCUCCACCCACUUUGCAAUUUCCUAAAUCUAUUAUUGGUUUGGCGCAAACGAAUGAGGUUUUCCAAAUUUUGAAUAAAAAACAAGAUGAAGAGAAAGCCUGUAGAUUAUGUUUGGCCAAGAUUGCAAAUGCAACAAGCGGGUGUUUAAUGAGUGGUGUUCCUAUGUCCCCCACUACAAACGACUUACUACAGAUGAAGUUGAUUGAUGCAGAGUAUCAAUUUGAUCGUAAAAAGUUGAUUUUUUAUUACUCGACAUCAAAGAGGAUAGACUUUAGAGACUUGGUGAGGGAGUUGUUUAGAAUUUACAAAACAAGAAUUUGGAUGUGUGCUGUAAUUGGUAUACCUUUCCAAGCGAAUGGAUCUGGAUCUGGCGGAGGUGAUGACAGUAGGAGUGGAACAAGUAUUGCAAAUUCAGCAAUUGCAAAUAUCGGUGGUACUAGUGGUGCAAGACCAAUCGCUGCUGGUUCUUUUGCUCAAUCUUCAUUACAACAACAACAGCAACAGCAACAGCAACAGCAACAGCAACAGCAACAGCAAAAACAGCAGCAACAGCAAAAACAGCAGCAGCAGCAGCAGCAGCAGCAGCAGCAGCAACAACAACAGCAACAACAGCCUGGUUUAUCAACUCUGCGUGAUCACCAAUCAUUUGGGCAAUCACAGUGGUCAGCACAGCAACAUUUUGCACAACAACGUCGAUUACAAACUAGCCAAUCCCAGCAACAGCACCAGCAACGCCCUUUUCAACAGCCUGAUUUGCUUAUUGGUCAACGAGAGACUGUUCCUAGACAAUUUACUGAUAUGAAGCAACAACUGAGCUAUUGGGGAGUUGUUGGUGGCGGUAAUGCCAUGACUGCUCAACAACAGCAACAACAAGAGAAACAACAUCAUAAUGUUCAUCAAGUUCACCAACAGGCGCAACAGCAAGUUCGUGAGCAAUUGAUUAAAAGAAGUGAUGCUAGAGGUGCAGCAUAUAGAAGUCUUGGAAAUGAUGGUGAUAUUGAGAAUAGACCUGGUGAUAAUGAAGAGGAUGGGGUGUCGGUGUUUUCGCUAAUGAAUCAUCAACUGAAUUUUUCUGAUGAGAAGUUGGUGUUGAAGAGUUUAGUUGACUCAAUUAAUCAUUAA